UGCUCGAGUAAGUGGCUAUUUGCAUAUUUAUUACGGUGUGUGCGUUUUUUUUUCUCCCUCCCUCCUCACUGUUUUUCACUCGGAGGUGAAGCCGAUUUCAGCACCGGAGCUGUCCGAGACUGACGGAUGCUGCUGCCGCGUGAACAGAUGAUGCUCAGCUAGAGCUGCUGAAACUCUCUCUCUCUCUCUCUCUCUCUCUCUCUCUCUCUCUCUCUCUCUCUCCCUCUCUCUCCCUCUCUCCUCUUCUCUCCCUUCCUCGCUCCUCUCCUCCACACGCACAAAACGCUCUGUCAUGGCGUCUUCCAACCAUGUUACCCCCACCAACUGUAGCUGGUGGCCCAUCUCAGCCAUGGAUGAAGACGGCAAAAUCACAGACGGGGAGGAAUGCGAGGAACCGACGGCAGAGCCCAAACCCUUCAAUAAAGACAGGCUCGUUUUGUACCACUGGACGCAGUCUUUCACCUCCCAAAAGGUACGUCUAGUCAUUAACGAGAAGGGGCUGGUCUGUGAGGAGAGGGAUGUGAGCUUGCCGCUGCAGGAGCACAAGGAGCCCUGGUUCAUGAGGCUGAACCUGGGCGAGGAGGUGCCCGUCUUUCUCCACGGAGACACCAUCAUCAGUGACUACAACCAGAUUAUAGAUUACCUGGAGAAGAACUUUGUGGGAGACACGGUGGCUCAGUUGAUUCCUGAUGCAGACUCGCCUCUCUACGAACGUGUGCAGCAGUACCGCCAGCUACUGGAUGGUCUGCCCAUGGACGCUUACACACACGGCUGCAUCCUCCAUCCAGAACUCACCACUGACUCUAUGAUCCCAAAGUACGCCACCGCAGAAAUACGUAGACACCUGGCCAACGCUGCGACGGAGCUGAUGAAGUUGGACCAUGAGGAGCCACAGCUGACAGAACCAUACCUGUCCAAGCAGAAGAAGCUCAUGGCAAAAAUCUUGGACCACGAUAAUGUGAACUACCUGAAGAAAAUUCUGGGGGAGUUAGCCAUGGUUUUAGAUCAAGUGGAGGCUGAACUGGAGAAAAGGAAACUAGAGUAUCAAGGUCAAAAGUGUGAGUUGUGGCUAUGUGGACCUGAAUUUACACUAGCUGAUAUCUGCCUCGGAGCCUUGUUGCACAGGCUCAAGUUCUUGGGACUUUCUAAGAAAUACUGGGAGGACGGCAGCCGACCCAACCUGCAGUCCUUUUUUGUGCGUGUGCAAAAACGCUACGCUUUCCGCAAGGUCUUGGGCGACAUCCACACGACCCUCCUGUCCGCGGUCCUACCCAACGCCUUCCGGAUGGUAAAAAAGAAGCCGCCGUCCUUCUUCGGGGCCUCGUUUCUCAUGGGCUCCCUGGGAGGAAUGGGCUACUUUGCCUACUGGUAUUUAAAAAAGAAAUACAUGUAGUGAAUGCCCUCUUGUUGUGUUAAAUGUCUGUGUAUUUGUGUGAUGUUUCAACUUUUCUGUAAUGUUUUAUGACUGCAGGAAAACAUAAUGAAUCUAUAUAGAGAACACUAUUACUUACCUGGGUGAACAAAGAAAUAUUAAAACAUUCCAUAAUAAGAAAUUCUUGACAGCACAUUUUCUGGUAAUCAAGGCCUUCAUCAAGUUUAAUUUCUGGCAACUUGCAGCUCUUGUGCCUGUAAGUCCUUGUUUAACUCUUGUUGGAGGCAUGCAUCAGGUCCACAUACUGAAAACUUCAACUUCAAAAGUAGAAACCCAGACAAAAUGUUAAACACAGUAACACAAACAGGGGUUAACUGACCUUCGCAUGCCACUAUUAUCGUCAUUAUUCAUACCUGCUCUUCACUCCUCCAUCAACCUGAGGUUUAACUAGUAAAACCACAGGGAAAUGUACAUGACAAAUACUCUCUGAUAAUUGCUGUGCUGCCAGAAACUGCCAGACGAAAUGAAGGAUGGAGGCUAACUUUAAAGGAACAGUUUCACAUUUUGGGAAAUAGACUAAUUUGCUUUCUUGCUGAGACUCAGAUGAGCAUUUCGAUAUUCGAAUUCGAUAUUACUCGCAUGUCUGUUGUUUAAAUAUGAAGCUACAGCCAGCAGCCGGUUUAACUGUAGCUUACCAUGAAGACUGGAGCUAGCUUGGCUUUACCAGCAUUUCUAGAGCUCAAUAAUGAACAUGCUACAUCACAUUGGACAAAAACUGAAAUGUAAUAGCAACAAGUUGUGGUGGAGCCUGAGCUUCAGAUGUGCUGGUAGGUGGACUGUUGUUAUCUUUUGACAGUGCCAGAAUAGCUGUUUCCUAACUCCAUUUUGUGCCUGUCAGAUCUUUGAUAAACUCAGAAGAUUGUUUAACAAAAUGUACUACGAUGCAUUCUGAAGGUUUUUCCAGAUUCUUCAAAGAUUUCUAACCAUCUGGAUGUAAAAAUAUUCCGUCUGCUGCACAAUUUUAAAAGAUUAUUCCUCAGGCUGUGCUUACACACACAGGUAAGCAUCACAGUAUUACAUUACAACAACCAGAUGAUACAAUAAGAAAAAAAACAUGAGAGAAAAAGAAAGGAAAAAAUAAAUAAAUCAGGCUGUGUAAUAUGAAAUUUAGGGCUAUUUAAAAUGUAAUCCUUGGUAUCACAAGAGGCAGAGAUACAGAUAUAUUGCAUCUUUAAAGCAGUUAUUAAGUUAGAAGUUCCCCAUUUAAUACAGCACUUGUCUAAUCUACCCAUCAAGGAAAAAGAAACUUUUUAAUAUGCAGCCACUCUAGUUAUCAGGAUCUGUCAAUGCACUGACAGGCCUUACACUUUAUGCAAAACAAAUGUAAAAUAUUCAUGUUAUUCUGUAUGAAAAAUGAAAUAUUGGAAAGAAACAUCAGUAUAUACCUAUCAAUAUAACUGAUAACAUUUUCCAUUUUGAUUUUAUUGU